AUGUAUAUAGUCGUAAAAAAUAAUUUCUCAAUACUCGAGCAUAAAACUGUCGCAAGUUUGGAUAUUGUUAACGUUGAAGACGGAAGCUAUGCUGCCAAUAGUCGUCCUGAAGAUGAAGGUCGUAACGACGUUGACGAGCGAAUAUGGAUGAUGGCCCCCUUUCAAGAAGGUUUAUUGACAGGGUGUAAAAUAUCGGGGGAAUUGAAAGCUCUUCGUGGCCACGGUUCUGACCGUGAACGUUCUUCCCUUGAUGCACGAAUCGACAAAAUUCUUAAUGAUGAUGACGCAAGUACUCAUUUAUUUUUGUAUAUUAUUAUUAGUUGUCCUGACGAUGGAGGGAUGAUUGGCCUCCUCUCAAGAAGGUUUAUUGACAGGGUGACUCUUCGUGGCCACGGUUCUAACCGUGAACGUUCUUCCCUGUUUCCGACGGUCUUGUGUGACGGACGCUCAGAUUUUGAAGACCCAGGUCGUAACAUCGUUGACGAGCUAAUAUGGUUGGCCUCCUCUCAAGAAGGUUUAUUGGCAGGUACUUCUGUUGAACGUCUUUUCCAAAAGGAUUUCGAUGCACGUACACUUCGUGGUCUCAAGGCUGCAAGUAACGAAAUUGCAAUCCAAUGCAAGAAUUGGGCAAAUAAAAUAGGUAUCGUGGUGGCGCCCUCUGGAUAUACAUCUGGAGCGAAGAAAGCCGCACGGGAGCAUAGCAUAAUCUUGACAGACGUAGAAGAUUUAUGCGACGAUCUUUUUGAUAAAAUUGCCGAAAGGCAAAAAUCAAAAGAUCGAUUUAAGUUAAAAAAAA